CCGCCCGCUUCCUGAUAUGUGAGUGGCGACGCCCAGUGCACUGACGGUGGGCUGCUGGGUCCUAGUGCACGAACGUCUUCCAGGAGGAGGCGAUUCAUCCUGUGGGAGUGAAAACUUCUGGCUCUGCCGUCAUCAUCGCUCGGCGUGUACAAUGCCUCCCCUCCACCUCAACCCCCGGGACCUCUUGUCUCCCCCACCCCCUCAACGCACAGGACCUCUGUCUUCCCCCUCAUCCACCGGGACUUCUGUCUCCCCCUACCCCUCAACCCACAGUCUCCCCUUAGGAACAAGGAGUGACUAGGAAUCACUGUUUAAAAAUAAGCGAUUGCCCAUUUGAGACUUAGAUGAGUUUAUUUUUCUCUCUGAGGGCGGUGACUUUUUUCAGACACGCAAAGAAUCGCAUACGGAAUCAGGUGACUUCCCAAUGCAACGAAAGUGAAACCAGAGCCCGGAGACGGCCGUCAAAAUGGCGAGUUUAGAUGUGCUCAAGUCGAUGAAAGAUGAAGCGAUGUGUCCCAUAUGUCUGGAGUUCUUCGUCGAGCCGGUGACAAUAGACUGCGGUCACAACUUCUGCCGGGCCUGCAUCUUACGGCACUGGGGGUCCGAGAGAGGGACGAGCACUUGCCCGCAGUGCCGGACUCAGCUGCCCCAGAAGACACUCAGACCGAAUUGCUUCGUGUCCAACAUUGUGGAGAAUGUUAUGAAGCUGAGGCUGGAUGAGGCAUCGUUGCAGCCGGAGCUCCGCUGCAAGGAGCACGACGAAAGGCUAAAGGUGUUCUGCAGCGAUGAUCAGAGACCGAUCUGCGUGGUGUGCGCGACGUCCCGAGAUCACCAGGGUCACUCUACCAGUCCCGUUGGGGAAGCCGCUGAACUCUACAGGGGAGUUCUGCGAAAAGAAAUAGAGUCCCUCAAUGAACAAUUGCAAGAGAUUUGUAAAAGUCAGGAUAAAGAAGAAGCAGAUAUAAAGGAACUGAAGAAACAAUCGGCAAAGCUGCAGAAGAACAUUGCAUCCAAGUUUGAGCAACUGCACCAGUUUCUGCAUCAGGAGGAAAAGAACCUAAAGACAAAACUGGAGCAAAAGGAAAACACCAUAUUGCAACAAAAGGAGGAAAACCUGAAGAAGAUCUCUGACCAGCACACUUCUUUCAAACAAGUACUCACGGACGUGCAAGGAAAAAUGAAUCUAGAAGACGCAGAAUUUCUGCAGGAUCUUAAAUCUGUUCUUGGCAGGUGUGCAAAUUUGCAGUUCAACAAACCCAAGAGAGUUUCCAUUGAUCUCAGCCAAGGUGAUUUUAGUGGCCCUUUUCAGUACAGCAUGUGGAAACGGAUGCUGAAGAUGAUUCAUCCAGUCCCGUUUAGUAUGACGCUGAAUCCGAAUACUGCGCAUCCGAGACUCGUCCUGUCCAAUAAUCUGACAGCUGUGAGUCUUGGAGUUAAGCAGAAGGUCCCUGAUAAAAUGGAGCGAUUCAUGCAGUGGCAUGCCGUCUUGGCUGUGGAGAGCUUCAAUGCAGGGACGCACUACUGGGAAGUGGAGGUAGGGAAGAACGGCAUGUGGAGCGUGGGAGUGGUGAAACAGUCGGUGCCAAGACAAAAGGAAUUCGCACCAGAGCCUAAAGCUGGUGUCUGGGUCUUGUGGCGUCUGGGGGAGGAGUACACCACCAUGAGUUCACCUCGUACUGCUCUCUCUGUGAAAGUCAAACCCCAGAGGCUGGGAGUUUACCUGGACUAUGAAGCAGGCCAGUUAUCACUGUACAACGCUGAUGACAUGUCACAUCUGUACACUUUCAAGGACAAAUUCACUGAGAAACUCUACCCUUUCUUUUUAACAGGUUGUGAUGGUGAUCCAUUGCAAAUAUUCCACUUAAACAUAUAGGUUUAUUUAGCUAAUAACAGUCAGAUUUAAUGGGUAGUCACUUAAAACUGCUUCAGCGAUAAGCAAUGUUUUGUAGCUUUCAGACUCCCACAUUGUCUCUCACUGUGAGCUAUUGUAAGCAAUGUUUAAUUACAUUUUUAGAUGCCAAGACCCUAACCUUUUGAAAUUCCUGCCCUAACCCCCUGUAUCACGUUUUCUACUUUUAAAUUAGCCUUACAACCUAGCUUUUCAAAAAUUAAUAUAGAGUAACUCGUACAUCUUCAUUUGCUUCUAUUUUUCUGUACUUAAUUGUGCAUUAAAUCCUGGAAUGCUGUUAAUUCUAAGAAGACUUUACAGGCUAGUCAGAGAGUCUGAUAUUCAGCUCUCUGUUCCUAAACACUCUGCAAUUGAGACCACAUUCUGUCUUUUCUGUCCAGUUGUGUCUCUUCACACUUCAUAUUUCCCUUGUAACUUCUGUGUCUAUUCUGCCAACCUAUCUAUGUGGCAUUGCAACAUGUUAUAAUCCUCCUCACAGUUUAACACAUUAAUAUCAAAAUAAGUCUUUAAAUUUUAAAAUAAGAAAAUAAAUCUGAGAACUAAUUUCUUUUUAAUGUUUACUGCUUUUAUCCAAUUAGGUGCUUACAGCACAAAAUUAAGUAAGAAUUUUGCCUAGAAACUAUUUCACUUGUCAAUCAAAAUAUCUGUGCGUUUUCUGCAAAUAACAUUAAAAAACUGUAAUGAAACUGAAAUAGGAAUGUUGCAUACACCAUACACAAACUGUGAGAAAAUUUAUCAAUAACUUGCAUAAUAUUCUUUGAAUUCAUUACUUUCAAUUUUGCAAAAAAGCGCACACUUUCAGUUGAUUGCAUUUAAAAGUGAGCAUUCUCACUCUGUUCCAGUUAGCUUAAAUUUAAUUGAUAAUUGCUUACAUGAAUUGUUACUUUUUAAAUAUGAUUUGACCAUAAAAUCUUUGAAUAUUUCCAGUGAGAAAUUGAUUCUUCAUAUCCACCAGCCAAAAUAAAAGUGGUCGUAUUAAUCUAUCUCAUGACUGUUACUGAGAAACAAAGGGUCACGAAAUCUAAAGGCUUUUAAGCCCGUUAAAAAGUUGCGUUGCGAGCCUGUUUUUCAAUUUUUCUUCAACUUGGAUGAUUUUGAUAUUGUUGUCCUUUUUCAUAAUUAUGGCUUGUAUAUUAAAACAUUCUUUUUGCUUUAAAGUCAAAAUCAGGUGCUAAUUACAGGAUACACAUUAACAGACAAUAAUUCUGUUAUACAGCAACAGGCCAUUGAGGUGAGCAGUGUGGGAGAAUAGAGAACAAAGAGAACGUAAAGGUUACUUGAAUUCAAUACAUUUUCCGAUAGAGAGUCGUGGUCCUCAUUCUCCAUGAAUGGAGUGCUGCCACCAAAGGACUACAUUCACCUAGAAAGGAGGCAUUCUCCCAGGAACAUCCUGUUGCCAAGAUAAGAGAUACACAAACAAUCAACCAGCUUCUUAGACUUGUGAUUGAAGAAGAUGCUGCUAUGUCACUGGAUUGGUUCUAUUUAUUGAACUUGUAGUUGAGCGCUGUAUCUCUCCUGUGCUUCUGUAGUGGGUCUCCCUUGAAAGAAUACAGGAAGGCAAUCAGGUCAAUAACAGCUUUAUCUCAGAGCCAGAGGUACUGUGCACCCUCCCUCCACAGCCCAGCAAAUUCUCCUAUCAGUGCUUAUUCCUGUUCCCUCCUGAAUGCUACAAUAAAAUCUUCCACCGCUACUAUCACUGGCAGUGAAUUCCAGGCACUAACCGCUAGCUGUGUAGACCAGUUUCUCCCCUUGUCACUUUAGGUUCCUUCGCCAAUCGCCUUCAUUCAGUGUCAUCGGGUUCCUGACUUCGCCACCAAUGGGAACAAUUGAACUUUAUUUGCUGUGUUUACCAUCAAAUCAUGAAAUCCUCUAUCAAAUCACCUUGCAACCUCUUCUGUUCCAAAGGGAGCAGCCAUAGCUUCAUCUGUCUGUCCAUUUAACUAAAGUUCCUUGCAAAUGGAAUCACUUUGAUAAAUCUGUUCUGACUCUUCUCCGAAGUCUUUACAUCUUUCCUGUAAUGUGGUGCCAAGAACUGGAUGCAAGACUUCAGUCACAGCCUAAUCAGUAUUUUAUAACAAUUCAUUGUGACUUCCUUACUCUGAUACUCUAUAAGUAAAGGCCCAGGAUUUGAUCAUAAAAACAGAAAAUGCUUGAAACACUCAGCAGGUCAGGGAGGAUUUGUGACUAAAGAAACACGGUGAAUGUUUCAAGUCCAAGAUCCUCUGUCAGAAUUAGGAAAGAGACAACACGUGUUAGUUUUAAUUGCAGAGAAGUGGAGGGGAAUGGGUAUAAUAAAGUGAAUGGCAGUAAUAGGAUGAGACCAAAUGAGUUAAUGUCGCAGUUAGAGUAACAGUUAGGAUCAGAUUUUGCUUCUUUGCCUGUGUAAGGUGUUGCUAAUGUUUGGCUGUGGACGUGAGCAGCAGGUGAACCAUUCUAAUGAAGGGAGAGCAAUUGAUACAAGAUCACAGAUAGAUGAUGAGUAGAGAUAGCCAGUUCAAAUAAAAAUGGAAGGAAAAAGAGAGACAGAAAGAAAAAGUGAGACCCAAAGAAAGCUGCUCAGUGUCUCCAGCACUUUCUGGUUUUAUUUCAGAUUUCCAGCAUUUGAAGAUUUUGUUUGUACUUUUGCUUUAUCCAUGAUUCUGUCUGCUUUUUUUUAAGUUACUUUCCCAAUCUAUCUUAGGUGAAUUGUGUGCUGUGUCCUCAGAUCUCUCUGUUUCUGUGCCCCUGUUAGAAUUAUUCCUGGUUGAUAUUGCCUCUUCCCAAUCUUCCUACAGAAAUAUAAUUGAUUACAUUUCUCAGUGCUAAGUUACAUUUAUAAACCCACUCCACCAGUCUGGCUGAGUUUUUGAUCUGUUGUGAUCCUCCUCACAGUUCAUUACUUUGCCAACUUUUGUAUCAUCUACAAAUGCGUGAAUUGUACUAUGCACAGCCAAUUCCAAGUCGUUAAAUAAAUUAAGAAAGCAUUGGUUCUGGUAUGGAUCCCUGGGGAACUUAAUUGUAAACAGCCUUUAAUUACUACUUUUGGUAUUGUUUUACUAAGCCAAUUUCCUAUCCAUGCUGCUGUUGCCUCAUUUAUUUCAAGGCCGUGAAUCUUGAUGAGAAGCUUAUAAUGUGGCACUUUAUUAAGCGCCUUUUGGAAGUCCAUGAAUAACACAUCCACUGCAUUUCCUUCACUGACUCUGUCUAUUGCUUCACUCCUCCAGUUCUCGAGAAGGUUUAGAAGGUAAUGUUCAGUCCUUGACUUCCCUCAGAAUGCCAUCCAGACCUGGUUGCUGCCUUAAGAACUGUUAGGGACUGUCAGAUAUAGUUAAGUACAGAAGUAGCCAUUAGGAGCAUGCUAAUCAUAUGUACCAGCUCCUCUUAUUAUUCUUUGUUAAUUAGGUUUGCGUAGGAUGAUUUGAGUGUGUAAAACAGCCAAUUGAUUAAGCUUCACUUUUAAUUAUGUACAUUAAAUUUAACUUAAGAAAUUUUGGCAUAUAUGAUCAAAGGUAACAAAUCCAGCAAAUGGUUAAUUCUUUUUCAAUCUUUUUAUUAGUUUCCAAAUUAAUACAGAUUAAUAUAUAACAUCGAUGUUUGUACAUGUAAUACAAAGAGAUCAAGAGAACAGUCAUGGCAUAGAUAAUCAUAAAGAAUAAUAAAAUAUAUUAAAAAAUCUUUAGAUCUCACGAUCUCUUAGUAGAUGAAUAUAAUAUAAAAGGAAAGAAAAAGAUUUAUUGUGUAUAUAGAAAAAAAUCCCCAAAUCAAUGAAAAAAUUGUAAAUAAUAUAUCAAACCAAACUAAAAAGAAAAUUUGGAAAAAAAAGAAAAAAAACUGGACUGAAAUUUCUCAAUAGAAACAGAGCAAUAUUAUGUGGUCAACUCCAUUCCAAUAACUGGAAAAGUUAUUGAAAAAGGAUCUAUAUCAUAUGAAAGUAUUCAAUAAAUGGACUCCAAAUAUCUUCAAAUUUAAACGAAGGAUCAACAGUACCACUUCUAAUUUUUUGCAAGUUUAAACAUGAUAUAGUUUGAGAGAACCAUUAAAGAGUAGUAAGGGGUAUUGGAUCCUUCCAUUUAAGCAAAAUGGAUCGUUUGGCCAUGCAAAUGGUUAAUUAGUUCAGUGCUGGCUGCUUGAAAUAUCGCAGUUAGUACGUAAUAUUGGUGAUGCUAUAGUCGUGUAAACCAGGAGGUAAGGGUGAAAUGAGCCUAGCUGGAUGGGAUAGGAACCUGGUGACAUAAAAGAUCUAAAAUAUGGGAGCCUAGUCAGAGCUACUUCUGCAUGCAUGCAUGAAUCAAAUAAAGGAUUGUUAUAUUUGUAUCUAUUGGGUCCUGUGGUGUUUGAUCCACAGCCAAUUUGCGUAGUUGGCAUAAUCAAGUUGAGAAUCACCUUAUGGUUUGAAAAUUGAACAGACAUAGAGGUGAUGUGCUUCAUUUACCACCUGUGGUUAAUUUUAGUCCAUGUAGAGACCACAGAUUCACAAUGCAUCCAUAACAACCUGUGUGUGUGUGUGUGUGUGUGUGUGCGCGCGCACAUGUAACCUGCUACUGAGGACACUGGGUGGUGUAAGAUUAACAGUGUAUAGUACCUAUGACAUUGACUAUUGCACAUGUCCCAUUACCAAGGAUGCUUGAUGAUUAUGGAUGUGACAAGAUCCUGGUAAUUUAAGUGUGUAGUACCUGUGGACUGCUGACGAGAACACUCGAUAAUAUGGGAGUGUGCAAGGUGGAUGCACUAUUUAUUGGAGUGCUGAAUGAAUGAAUGAAUCAGAGAAUGUAACAUAAUGUCACAUAUCAGAGCAGGGAUAUGUGCCAAUCAGUAACUUACAGCACCCGUAGAACAUAGAACAGUACGGCACAGGAACAGGCCCUUCAGUCCACCAUGUCUAUGCCAACCAGGAUGCCAAUCUGAACUAGUCCUAUCUGCUUGCACAUGGUCUGUAUCCCUCUGUUCCCUGCUGUUCGUAUGUCUGUCUAAAUGCCUAUUAAACAUUGAUGCUGCAUUUCUUUUAACACCUCCCCUGGCAUCGUGUUUCAUUCUCUGUGUAAAAAGUUGAAUUGUAAUCAGGUUUAUUAUCACUGAUGUAUGUUGUGAAAUUUGUUUUGCGGCAGCAGUACAGUGCAAGACAUAAAUCACUGUAAGUUACAAAAAUAAAUAAAUAGAGCAAAAGAGGAAUAA